CACUAGCCCGGCACCAUGGCUGCUGCAGCGGAGCUAGCCCCCGCGCCGCGCCGCGCCCUGGUGACGGAGCACCGCCCCGCGCGGCCGCCGCGCCCCUUCCUGCCCGGCCCCGACGGCCGCCUCCGGGCCCCGCCGGGCCACGCGGCCGCCGGCCCGGCCGCCAGCCUGCGCGACCUGCUCACGUCCGUGUUCCUGCCCCAGGGCUUCCCCGGCAGCGUCAGCCCCGACUACCUGCCCUACCAGUGCUGGGACACCCUGCAGGCGCUGGCGAGCAGCGUGACGGGGGCGCUGGCCACCCAGGCCGUGCUGCGCGGGGUCGGCGUGGGCGACCGGGACGCCUCCGUGGCCGCCGCCACCACCACCUGGAUCCUCAAAGAUGGGACGGGCAUGCUGGGCCGCAUUGUCUUCGCUUGGAUGAAGGGGAGCCAGCUGGACUGUGAGGCCAAGCAGUGGAGGCUGUUUGCCGACAUCCUCAAUGACGUCGCCAUCUUCAUGGAAAUUGUGGCCCCGGCCUUCCCAGCAUGCUUCACUCUUAUUCUCUGCACCAGUGGCCUCUUCAAGUGCAUCGUAGGCGUGGCAGGCGGGGCCACACGGGCAGCGCUGACACAGCACCAGGCGCGGCGUGACAACAUGGCUGACGUCUCUGCCAAGGAUGGUAGCCAGGAGACCCUGGUGAACCUAGCCGGGCUGCUCAUGAGCCUCAUCCUCGUGCCCCUUGUCACUGGGCGGCUGCUGCUGACCUACACCCUGUGGGGGGCGCUGACAGCGCUGCACCUCUACGCCAACUACCGUGCUGUGCGCGCUGUUGUCAUGGAGACCCUCAACCGGCCCCGCCUCCGCCUGGCCCUGCAUCACUUCCUGCGCCAUGGCCACGCCCCCAGCCCCGCCUAUGCCAAUGCCUGCGAGCCCCUCCUACCAGGAUUUGGGCAUCAUCUGCGGGUGACCCUGGGUGCCCCCCUGCGCCUGCUGGCCUCCAGUGAGGCCGAGUUCUUGGACGCCCAGCGGGCCGGUGGCCCCGAUUACCUCAUCGCCUUCGACCCCCGCGCUGGCACGGUGGCAGUGGGGCUGCGGUGGGGGGCGGGGCCAGGGGUGGAGCUCCGUGCCUGCACCCACGCGCUACUCCUGGAGGCGCAGCAGCUCCCCGUGCCCGGCGCCCCCCACCCGGAGGCUGCCCACGUCCUGCACAGCCUCUACCCGAGCUUCCUCGCAGUCUCUUAUAAAGUCUCAUUCUCUGCCCACCCCUGGGUCCUUCAUUCCUCAUCACCCGUGACGCCUGGGUCCUGCACUCCCCAGAGCCAGCUGCAGCUGGGGACCGGUAUGACCCAGUAUAUUGUGGCCUCAUUGUCCCACCCGGACACCCGUCCCCCAUUCCAGUAGAACCAGCCCCUGUUCCACCCCAGAGCCAGCCGUACCCUGGUACCAGGAUAGCCCAAUAUGACCAGUAUAACCCAGUACCACCAGUUUACCCCAGUAUGGCCAGUAUGACCCAUAUCCCACCUGGAUGCCUGGGUCCUCCUUUCUCUUUCCUGGAUGCCUGGGUUCUCCCCCCGCCCCACCACCUGUUCAACCGGCCCCUCUUCUAUCCCAGCACUGGGACCAGUAUAACCAGUGCCUGCCUGAUCUAGAUACAGGUAUAACCAGUGCCUGUCCUAAUUGGGCACCACUAUGCCCAGUUCAAGCCCAGGCACCAGUAUAACCAGUCCCUGCUGUACCUUGGCACCGGUAUAACCAGUGUCUGUCCUAACUGGGCACCAGUAUAACCAGUUCAAGCUGUGCCCAGGCCCCAGAAGAACCAGUGCCUGUUGUACCUCGGCACCAGUUUAAGCAGUGUCUGCUCCACUCAGGCACCAGUAUAACCAGCGUCUGUCUUAAGUGGGCACCAGUAUAACUAGUUCAAGCUGUA